AUGGUGAACGUUUCAGGCAGAAGCAAGGGCUGCUACGAAUGUCGUCAGCGCAAAGUAAAGUGCGAUGAAGCCUUUCCACGAUGUAUAUCAUGCGCGAAGAAGGGUCUGCGCUGUUCAGGUGCUCGAAGAGGUGCAUUCUUCGUUCACUCUGCGCCAACCGAACCACGAACGAGCUCUAUUGCUAUGCCAACAUCACUUGACCAAAUGUUUCAGCAUGUUUCUCAGCAGGUUUCCAGGAACAACCUUCUGGAAUUUAAUAAACUCUGGCGCUCUUCGCCUCUAACUGGUUACCAACCGAGUCGCGCUAAUAUAUUUGAUCGUCUGUUUGUGUCCCAUUUUAUUGAAUCAUUUGGGUUCAAAGCACCGGUAUCUACUAGACAACCGCCGACCUGGCUGGAUGAGCUUGUUGUUUUCACCGUUGCACCCAAGAUGAGUCUGGUACAAGAUUCCAUUCGAGCAAGUUCCAUGUUUUUCUAUGGCACUUUAUCACAGGAUCCUUCCAUUCAAGCAGAAGCAUGCAAAUGGUACUCAAGGGCCCUACGGGGCUUACAUGGCCUACUAUCACAAGCCUCUUCCCACUUCACUGGUGAUGUGAUAUGUGCUGCUGUAAUGCUUAUCCACUUCGAGCAUCUCGCUGGUACAUCCGAAGACGCCUGGGUUCAGCAUGUCAAGGGUGCAUCGAAGAUGCUUGAGGCAGGUGGGCCCGAAAGUUGCCGCGACGGGUUUUUGCACCAGCUUUUUCGUCAUCUCAGACUUCUAACAUUUGUUGCCUCAAUAUAUCGCAAUGAGCAGCAUGCCUUUGCGUUACCUGAAUGGACAAACAUACCUUUUCAGAUACAUCCAAAAACAGCAUUUGACGAGCUUAUCGAUAUUCUAUUCCGUUUACUCCCGUGCCUUUCAGUCGCAGACAAGAUUAUAACAGCAACAACCGAUACGGACGACUGGCUGCAGGAAAGGCUGAACACCAUGGUGCUGGACAUGAUAUUCCAACUCUACAAAUGGUGGUCGCAAUGUAUCUCCAUGCCGAGUCCAGUGGAAGCACCUGCAAACGAAUGGAUGAACGCCAACAAAAAGCAUACAAAUGAAGACCCAUACAACCCCAGUCAUUUCCCUCUGCUGAUUCACACAGAUAUGCCUACAGCUGCUCUGGGCUCGGUGUAUGACUCUGCAAAUCUGAUAGCCCUUCGGCUUCUUUUCCUGUCAUCAACAUCUGCCUAUCUAUACGAGGAACGCAUCCAGCGACAUGCGCAGUCAAUCUUGUCAGCCAAAGAAUUCAUUGCAGCAGUUCCAGGCCCAUCUUCUGGCCGUGGAUCGCUAAUGUUGGGAUUUCCUUUAAGGAUCAUGAGAAUUUGGAAUCCUCCCAUCCCGGAAAAUGCUUAUGAAAAGAGCGACGACAACGAACCAAUGGGCUCUUCAGCAAGAUCCAAAGAAUUAUUUGCGCAUGUGGCGUCCUACAUAUUUGAUCACUAUGUGGCAACAUCUAAGAAGAUGCGGGAUCCAUCAAAUUGA